CUUUUUGCUUUUGAUUUGACGGAAACCAUCUCCUUAAACCAUGGCACUGUACAAGGGUGCAGCUAGUGAAGCUGGUAGAGCAUUGCAGUUGAAGAAAAAACGAGAGAAGGCUUUGGAAGAAUUAGAGCACAGGAAAAGAAAAAUUGAAGAAGAAAUGAAGUUGUCAGACAUUGAAAAUAAGUUUGCUGCACACUAUGAUGCAGUAGAGCAGCAACUCAAGUCAAGUACGAUAGGAUUGGUUACUUUGGAUGAAAUGAAGGCCAAGCAAGAAGAUGUGGUUAAAGAAAGAGAAAGGCAGCUGGCCCAAAAGCAACAUGAGAAGGAAUUACAAAGGCAGAAAGAGAUAAGAGAGAAACAGGAGGCAAAAGAAAGGCAAAAACGGCAGAUUGCAGCGUUGUCAUUCCGGUUUGAUGAUGAGGAGGAAGAAGAGGAAGAACAAGACAAGGAGUUGGAAGAUAAGGAGGACCAUGACCAUUUUACAAAUGAUGACCAAGACAGUAGAGACUCGGAAACAGAUUCUAAUCAACCUGUUGUAAAGAAAAAGAAAAUUUCUAAGAAUCCUGAUGUCGACACAAGCUUCUUGCCUGACAGAGAAAGGGAGGAGGAGGAAAGAAGAUUACGAGAAGAAUUACGUCAAGAAUGGGUUCAGAAACAAGAGAAGUUAAAGAAUGAAGAAAUUGAAAUAACAUUCAGUUAUUGGGAUGGAUCUGGACAUCGACGCAGUGUCAAAAUGAAAAAAGGAAAUAGUAUCUAUCAGUUUCUACAAAAAUGUCUGGAGAUUUUGCGGAAAGAGUUCCAUGAGUUGAGAGCCGUCACUGGGGAUCAGCUGAUGUACGUGAAAGAAGAUCUGAUCAUCCCACAUCACUACACAUUUUAUGACUUCAUUGUAACCAAAGCAAGAGGGAAAAGCGGUCCUCUCUUUAGCUUUGAUGUUCAUGAUGAUGUUCGUCUUGUGAGCGAUGCCACUGUUGAGAAAGAUGAGUCUCAUGCAGGCAAAGUUCUCUUGCGCAGUUGGUAUGAGAGAAACAAGCAUAUUUUCCCUGCUUCUAGAUGGGAGCCGUAUGAUCCUACCAAGAACUAUGACAAGUACACAAUAUCAGAUAGGAAAAAGUGACUUUUGUUUCCUGAAAUUAAGAGAUAUUUGGAAUAUUUAUUAAAACCACUUUUAUAUUUUUGAGUAGUUGAAAAAGGUUUUUAUAUUGUGUUUAUUACAAUGUGGUGAUUCAAAGAUUCCCAGCCAUCGGACACUUACAGAGCCCUUUUGACGAUGUUCAAGUUUCUAAAAACUCUUGUGUCCAUGUUUGUACUAAUACUUUUUUUUUCAAAAUAAAUUUGCUUUAGAAUCAAUAUGAUAAUUAAGAACGACCUAUUUUGUAUGAAAUAGUAUAUAGAUAGUUUUAUGAUGACAAAAUUCAGAAAAAUCAGAAUUUCAUUCUUUUUUAUAAUAUUGAAGGAUUUCACUUUAUAAAAGACUGCUACAAUUUCAGAAUGUCAUAGUUCACAUCUAUUCAAGUAUGCAAAGAAAAAAUUCUUAUCUUCAUAAUAUCUGAAAUUUUUUAAUUUGACCUAUGGAGGGAGGGGUUAAAUUUUUUAAAAAAAAAGUAACUUACAGGCAUAUUUUUUCCCCUAAAAAAAUUCCUAGCCCUCCCGCGAAAGAUGGCAACUUAGACGCCAUUCCUCACUUGGGAAUUUUAACAAAAUUUUAAAACUGCUUUAUCUUUGAAAUAAGGCACCAUAAUUUUUUUUUUUUUUUUUUUUCAAGAUAAUUAUUUUUUUUUUCAAACAAUAUUCAUCAUUUGGAAAUAGGGGUUCAAUUUUCGUUACUACUAACUUUUAAAAAUAAAACUUAAAAUCAUUGUUUAAUUUUUUUUCAAAUUGCCUAUUUUAGAAUAAGGUAAAACCUCCCAAUAGCAGACACCGUCAGGACCAAAGUUUUUGUCCGUUAAUGGGCAGUGUCCACUAUUGGAGAGUCUGAAUUUACGAUGGCAUUUUAAUUUUGUAUUUUAAACCUACACAUACAGUGUAUAGUUCUAAAUUUAAUUAAUGAGUAUUGCUUAUAUAAAUGAACUUAACUAAAAAGUAAAUAAUCUGCUGAAUCUUUGGGGAAAAUAAAAUAGGAAGGCAUUUGUGUAAAUUGUUUCCUCUAGCUGAACAAAACCAGUCAAGCACAAUGGAAUCAAUGUCCUUGAUUUUCAGCAUCUUUUUUGUUCUAGAUUGUAGCAAAAUGUAGCUCAAUCGGCUAUUUUUCACUUAAUCCGGCAAUACAGUGCCGAUUCCUCAUCAGCGUCUGGUGGGAAAGGACGCGGAGCUGACACUACUCUCCUAAAAUCUAGUAGGAAGGAAGGAGGGGGGGGGGAUGCCCUUAAGUUCACAAGAGUAUUUUUUUCUCUCCCGUGCAAACUGAUAAAGCAAGGUACUGUGUGGGAGAAAGAUUUUUUUCUUUUGCUUUCUGCUGGAAUUUCGUGCAUGAAAUGAAAACAAAACUUUCAUAAGCUUCGACUAAAACAUUCGACUUGAAUAGCUCCUGUUUUCAUAGAAAAAGGGGUGUUAACCCUUUUAUCGGUACUGGUUAGCCCCAGAACACCGUAAAGGAAUAGAAAAAAUGCUUGCCACAAAAGCAGUGCUAAGCAAAAGCACCAGACACAGAAAAAUAAAAUGAAACUGAUUUAUUGUCUGCUAACAAGGAGUGAAAUACAUUAUACACCCAUCUCGAGGGUCUGGGGAUUCAGAAACUGUCCGCUAACGGGGAGUGUCUGCUAUCUGGGAGUGUCCGUUAAGGGAGGUUUGACUGUAUUUUAUCUUUAUCACUGUUGAUCAGUGUCACUCAGUACUAUAUUCCCUGAAAAUUCAAAGUAGCUUUGAAAGUAUUAUUCAGAGACACGUAGGUACCAAGCAAUAAAUAAUAAAUUGAUGGUCUCACUCUAUAUUACACAACAUUAAUCAUUAUAAAUUCAUUCAUUUAUUUAAUUUAUACCCACUACUAUUUUUGUCAUCCAUAUAUUUCAUUCCCAUUCUUCAAUAAAAUUCAAAAUGAAAUAAUUUAGGCUGUCUAAAAUUUAUGAAUCACUAAUGAAAACAAGCAUUAACUAUAAAUACUAACAAAGCAACCUCCGUUAGAACAAAAUGUAGUCUUUUUAAAAAGAGAAGGAUCUUCACAAACAUUCUUUGUGUGCAAAAAUAAAAAAGAUAAAUGAAUGCAGAUCAAAAAAUAUAAUGUUAAGCAGGCCAAACUUUUCCCUCUCUUUUUUUUUUUUUUUUAAGUUUUUCAGAAAUGAUAUUAUUUUUAGUUUUCAGAAAUGAUAUUAUAUAUGUAAAGACUUUGUUCAAAUUGUGAGAACAUUGUAUUUUUAAGUAAC